AUGGCCGUCCCUUUCAGGUUUUGGUUACCAUUGUUGCUCGCCCCUUCUUUCUGCGUCGUGCUUCUCGGCUUCCCCAGCCGCUGCUCGGUCCUCCUUGCUAUGGCUGCGUUUUUCCUUGUGCCUUUGGUUCUUCCUGCAUUCCGCCUUAUUGACCGCCGUGUUCCUCCCUCUGCUCGUGGAUUGGCGUUUGUUAGGGUUAGGCGCUACAGUACACGUCGCCACCGGCCCGCGCCGUCUUCCGUGUCUCAACCGCAACCUUCCUAUGCUUGCCGUUCUGUUCUUUGCCAUCCGGUUUGCUUCCUUUUAAUUUUCGGCUUUAAUCUUUGGUUUCUCGGCGGCCGCCCCUUUUGCCUUUCAUGCUCCGCCUGCGCGGCUCGAUUUAGUGCUGUUUUAACCUUUGCCUUCGUUUGCAGGCUCCUCGACGGCCCGCCGGUUUGCCGUCUUGCCGACGUCAGCAUAUUAUGUAGGUAA